AUGGGUGACUGCAAGAAGUUCUACAAGACCUAUUCACGGAAUAACCUUACUGGUGGAAUACUGGUGCUUUGGUGCACACACUCUAUUUGUCUUGGCUUUCAUUCAAUCCCUACUGCGGAGGGUCGGAAUGAUGUAUUCUCCGCCAUAUAUACUCAUUUCCCACAAGCUCCAAAAAUUAUUGUAUAUGAUUUUGCUUGUCAACUCGCACCCUACUGCCUUGUGCGAGAAGCACGAUAUUUUCGUGACACUCGAUUUCUCAUCGAUGAGAUGCACGCGCAUGAUCAUACACGCUGUGGUCAAGCCUGCUUUGCAAGUAACCUAAUGCAGUUCGACGAGAGGAUACGGUCAAUAAAUACAAGUGCUGCAGAGUGUGGAAACAAGGGUGUCAACCGUAUUCGAAAGACUGUGAGCUUUAUGACUUACGAGCAUGCAGUUGUGUUUACCAAGGCUUACAUGGAUGUAUGGAAUCGAGCUGUUAUUAGACGGAUUAUGGACAAGAUAUAA